GCGGCCAGACUCAGCAGAGGUGGACAGGAAGGGGAAACGACAGGGACAGAAGGCUGGCCUGGCCGGGGGCUGUUGUAGCUUUAAACAGUCAGCCCAGACCUGUCUGGGUUCCGCCAGUUCCAGGCUGGGCUGGAGGCAGAGCACAAGCAAGACGAUGGUGGGGACACCGUGGCCCGGGCUGUGGACACUCUGUGUGGUCUGGGCGACUGUCAGCGCCAUCUCUGUGGAAACCCCACAGGAAGUUCUUCGGGCUGCUCGGGGAAAGAGUGUCACCCUUCCGUGCCACUACCAGACUUCUUCCUCCGAACGAGAUGGAGUUGUCAAAUGGGGAAAGCUUCUCAGGACUCACACGGAAAGCGUGUUCACCUGGACAUUUUCGACCCAAAGCUCCAUCCAAGGUGAACUGUAUAAGGGCCGUGUCAACAUUUCGGACAAGGUACAGCAGUCAGAUGCCUCCAUCACCAUCGACCAGCUGACCAUGGAUGACAACGGCACGUAUGAGUGCUCCCUCAUGCUGAUGACAGAUCUGGACGGCACCACCAACUCACGCGUCCGCCUCUUGGUCCUGGUGCCACCCUCCAAACCAGACUGCGGCAUCGUGGGGGACACCGUGAUUGGGAACAACAUCCAGCUGACCUGCCAAUCAAAGGAGGGCUCCCCGACCCCUCAGUACAGCUGGAAGAGCUAUGACCUCCUGCACCAGGAGCGGGCAGGCGCUCCAGCCGUGGGGCAGACCUUGUCUCUGAAGAACAUCUCCUCAGACAUGUCGGGGUACUACAUCUGCACAUCCAGCAACGAGGUGGGGACGGAGUCCUGCAAUAUCACGGUGGCCGUCAGACCUCCUUCCAUGAACGUGGCCCUGUACGCGGGCAUCGCGGGCGGCGUGCUGGCGGCCCUCAUCCUCAUUGGUGUCCUCGUCUACUGCUGCUGCUGCCGGGAGAAGAGUGAGGCCGAGGACGCCAGGCCGAACCGGACUAUCUACCGAGAGCCUCCAGAGCAGCUGAGCAAACAUUCUGGAGGGGAGCCUCUGCAGGAGCUUUCUGGAGGGGAGGACACGGAGGAGUAUUAAAGGCACGGAGACCUGGAGAGCGGGGGCAGCUAGUCCCCUGACCACGCGGGCUGACGUGACCAGGGCCUGCUGGAGUAUGGGGGGAGGAUUAGGGGUUCAGUCCAGCCUCCCACAGCCCCUCUGCUCCCAGCCCAUUUUCUUGACCCUUCAUCCCAGCACUAAUGGCACUUCCACCAGUGUCGGCAGUGAGGGGUGUGGCGAGACCUGGCUCAGGUGAUCUCACUGGUGACUCACCUGCCCAGUGAUCCCUCCCCACUGCCCGCCGCCCCCGGGACCAGGCCGCAGCCUCCACCUUCCCUGGAGCGUCAGGAGAGUAGGAGCUGCCCGGUCACUGCGCGCCCGGCACCCACGGGAGCGCCUGGCAGAGUGUUUGUACACCAUAUGUGUUUGUUGAAUGAAUGAAAGAAUAAAUGAGUCAUGAAGGCC